AAUGAUAAUACUGCUCACACCCGCAUAUAAUUUACUAGAGUCUCUGACAGGAACCAGUCUCAUUUGGAGUGGCCUAAAGCUGUUUUUUUGUUCAUUGUUUGAAUAUUCUAGCUGAAUAUUCUAGCAGUAGUUUCAGAACCCAGCUCAGAAGCAGCAACCUUGAAAAUCCGGGAUAUCCGAGGUGAAUAGAGCAGUUUUCUUUCGGGGUGCUAAAUCUGGGACAGUUGACUGAAUUGUAAGAAGCAUUGCCAAGAAUGAGUUGCUUGCUGUGGAAGUCAGUCACUUUUAUGAGCCUGGUUUGGGCUGUUAGAGGACAAAUAAGUGGAGACCUGAGGCUGGUAGGCAGAACAGGAGGCUUCUCUGGCAGAUUGGAGUUCUUCUACAAUGGACAAUGGGGGACAGUGUGUGAUGAUAGCUUUGGUCCAAAUGAUGCAAGAGUGGCUUGUCGUCAACUAGGGUUCUCAAGCUACACUCUAUACGGAAAUGUUGCAACACUAGGUUUUUCCCAAGCUUCAUCAAUCACUCGGAUAUGGCUGGAUGAGCUUCGUUGCUCAGGAAUUGAGAGCAGACUCAUUGAUUGUCUUGCUAACCCUAUUGGAGUUGAAGAUUGCAGCCAUUCAGAAGAUGUGGCCUUGAUCUGUUUUACAGGUUUAUCGUUAUCCUACAACUGGAAAAUAGCUAUAGCUGGAAUUGUAGUGAGUCUUCUUGUUGCUAUCCCCAUCGUCACACUUUUGAUUGUAUUCUCGGUCCGUAGUUUAAUAAGGAGAAGACGUCGUCUUGCUCUCUACGCACGCAGUACUCCCCUAAUCAAUAAUGCUGCGUCGACAGAUGUAGUCGGCGUCACUGCGUCAAAUACACAAGAUACGGCCUAUCCUGUGCAGCAGCCCAUGGAUCAAACUCCUCCCUACUCGCCACAGCCCCCCCCUCAAAAUAUGCAACCAGUAGCUGUCUACCCAACUGGACAAUAUGCUGACCCCGAGUAUCACACGUCCUACCCUCAGCAGCCCCCAGCCCCUUAUUCCACUGGACAACCAUCCCCUGCUGGACAACCACUCCCUGCUCAGUACCCCACUGGACAACCACCUCCUGCUCAGUACCCUGCUGGACAACCACCCCCUGCUCAGUACCCCGCUGGACAACCACUCCCUGCUCAGUACCCCGCUGAACAACCACCCCCUGCUCAGUACCCCGCUGAACAACCACCCCCUGCUCAGUACCCCACUGGACAACCACCUUCUGCUCAGUGAAUUGAACUUUAACUGAUAGUGAUAGUCACUGAUAGCAAAUUAAUUAGUAUCUGCAUGCUGUAUAACAUGUGGACUGAUCUGUACCAUAUCACUUUCCACUUUUUUUUUUUACUUAUAACACGCUUUGCUUGACUGUUAAUAAUUUUGAUAGUAUA